AUGGUGAACGAUUCCGCCGCUGUGGAGCCUCCCACGGAGACGCCUGUGGAGGCUGUUACAGCGCUUGCCGCUUCGGUUAUGGAUUACACACCUACUACUCAAUCAGAGAAGGUCACACAGGAUUCAAGCGAGGAUGCUGGCAACGGAUUAGGCAUGACCGUGGAAGACGAGGAGCUCACUGAGCAGGAUUUGUCUGAAGAGGAUGAGGAUAGCUUGAGAGAGCCCUCUGUCAAACGCUACCUGCCAGGCGUGUCUGUUGAUUUGAAGCUGAAGGCUGUAUACGCGGAAAACCAUGGCGCCAAGCAGCAGGUGCCGAUGAUGCUGGACUUUUAUGCGGAGUGCAUGAAAACGUAUCGUGAUGAGAAGCUAUUCAGUCUUGAGGAGCACUAUCUCGGGGCGAAGAGCAGCCAGGUGACGGACGUAACUGGGCGAGAUCGUAAAAAGGCGCCAACUGCGAACGCGGCUCAGGCAAACGCCGACAGCAAACCUGAUAAAGCGGGAUCUCAAGAUGACACCCACAGUGGUGCAGAAGUGACGACGGAGGUAUCACUGGAUGACGUGAUGUGGAUGAAGACUAGGCCGAACGACCCUCUCCUUAGGUGCAUCCAGUCCAUUACCGACCGUCUGAACAUCCAGGGCAUCGUCGGCGACCCCACCUCCUACCUCAAGGUUGGCGGCGACGACAUGCACUACGACAUCGACGACCCGUUCAUCGAUGACGAUGCAAUGUUCAGCGAACUCCGCCUGUCUAAGAACGACAUAUUGCGUAAGAAGCAGAAAGAGCGAGAUUUUUCAGUCUGGAGCGAGGACGAAGAGGAGGCGUUCGGGUCCGAACUGGUUGCCGAAGACUUUGUGGCACAAUACUCUUCUGAACUGAAGAUAGAAGACGAUGUGGACUCAGACAUACCUAAGCAGCAGGUGCUGUUCUUUGACCCACCUGGAUGGCGCAGGUACCUGGGUCGCAUACCUAAGCAGUUCCAUCACAUAUUUCACGAAUUCGAAGUGAAGUACAAAGGUUACUCAGGCCAGUUUACAACGCAAACGCUGCGCUGUGCUGUAACGGAGCUAUUGAACGCAAUCUUUACUCGUUUAACGAAAAUCCAAGAGCCACGGCAGAGGAAGGCCCAGCCAGAGGGGGAUGCCACGAAUGCCAGCAACAAAAACCCAAUAGAGGAGCAGCGGAUGGAGUUUGAAAGGCGGGGACUCAAAUGUGUAGGUGUUGGAAAAAUCAUUGGUGUUAACGGCCGCAUUCUGAGGUGGAUUGCGGCGGCCAUAUGGGAGGUCACCAACGCCGUGUCGCGACGCGACAUGCAUGAGACCUGGUUGAAGCUGGUGCUGGAUCACAACGAGCGGAUGAUAAGCGAGAUGCGGGACCGCAUGCAUUCCAAGUGGCUUUCCAAAGUGGAGCCACUGAAGGCACGAAAGGACGUGAAGUUCUUCACGAGGCUGGCCGAUAAUAUGAAACACGUCUCAAAGAGCGUCCACACCGUGCGCAGAGUUAUGCGCGAUUACGAGGCGGCAUUUACAGCUGCGUCUGAUAACUUCAAAGCGGUGGAGCGGAAAUCCGUGAAGAACGGCACUUCCACGAAGAAGGUGAACAGCAGGUCAGACCAACCGCCUGCAACUGAAGCGGUAGGCACCCCUAAAAACGCCACUUCACGCCCUGACGAUAUUGCAAAUCUCAAUUCGUUGAGUCCCACAAAUUUACUUACACAAGAGACGGAUACGGUAGAACCAAAGGAUGAAACGCCCACGCCCCGGCAAUCGAACGAAUCAGUCAAUGCCGAUCAUGGUAUGACGGAUGUGUCUCCACGGUCUACAUUAUCUGACGCCACUGGGAAAAGUGUGAGCGUCACCAGGACGCCGUCACGCGCUAUCGAUGGUGGACAUAGCCCAGUUGAUGGUGCAUUGAUGUCGGCGGAUCUAGUCGUUAACACCUCGCAGGCUUCUACCCCGCCAAAAGGCCUCAGCUUUGAGAUAGCGCAGAACGGCAAAGGAGGCGAACUUAACGAUGGUGUAGAUGUCGAUUGUUGCUCGUUCGCGAACAUUCUGCGGCGCUGCUCACUGUGGAAGCGUGUGAGCAGCUUAAUAACCCUGUAUAAGUACAUCGCUGCGGACAUCCUCACCUGGGUGCAGAUGAUCAACCUCGCAUUGGCCACGUCAAUCUCAAUUGCAGCUACUGAUUUCAGUUCGCUGGUUCAAGAGGAGGUUCAUGGGGAGUACGUUUUUGACAAGGCGUAUGGUUGCAUUGCUGACCUGUUGACGCAAGUCGUGGAAGAGGUGAGUGGUACAAAGUUGAUCAUCACUGCCGACGUUUCACGCGUGGUUGUUAUGUACAUUCACGAGUCGUCCACUUUUGACGACCUUUUUGAACAGGAGAACAAGGACCCGAUUGUGUUCUAUGACAACUCCGAUAUUGCCGCCGCUCCGGGCAAGGUCCAACUCGUGGAGGCCAAGAAAGGCAGUAAAAGUGGGAAGGCGCCUGCAGGGAAGAAGGGGAAUAGCGCCAAAGCUAGCGAUAAAAACGUUAAGAGGAUACGUGCCGAUGAAGGACCGCCUGAUAGCACUCCGCGCGAGACUGCAAAGGAUUCAAACCCACAAAACGCUGCGAAACUCGCCAAACCUCGUAAAACAGUUAUCGAGUUUGCCAACACUGUGGAAUCAGAUGCACCUCAGACUCCGAAGAACGUCAAAUCGAUCAAAAAAGCUAAAUGUCAGAGCUCGGAAAAUACGCCUAUGGCUCAUACACCCUCCAAAGCAGGCGACGCUGGCGUGGCUGUUAAGACAGAAAUAAGACCAUGA